CCCUCCCUCCCCAAACUCCCACUACAAAGCCUCCGAAUUCAUCAAUCUAUCCCCAACUCAUGCUCAGAUCCCUCCACCUCCUUGGAUUCGGGGUCGUCUCUCCGUUCCUCCUCCAAGGCAAGCCUCGUAGCCUCUUUGCCCUCCCCUUGAUCGCCGCCUUCUCCAAAUCCGGAGGUCUGUCCUCUCCCCAAGCCGCGUUGCUCCCCGUCUCUGGCUGUCGAUCCGGCGGCGGGUAUUUCAGGGCAUUUCGGAUGUCUUCCGGUGCUUCGGAGACGAGCGCCCACGCCGAUGUGGCCUCCGGACUGGCGGUGGUGCCGCCUGUGGCACAUAAGCCCAACAUAAGCUUCUGUCAAGCUUGUGGAAACCCAACUAAGGACGUUGUACCAGAGGGGGAAGAAAAGAUCAGAGCAGUUUGCACUGUCUGUGGGAGAAUCCACUAUGAAAACCCAAAAAUGGUUGUUGGUUGCUUAGUGGAGCAUAAUGACAAGAUUUUGCUAUGCAAACGCAAAAUUGAGCCAUCUUAUGGACUCUGGACUCUCCCUGCUGGUUAUUUGGAAAUUGGGGAGUCAGCUGCAGAAGGGGCAGUCAGGGAAACCUUAGAAGAAGCAUGUGCUGAAGUGGAAAUAGUUUCGCCAUUUGCUCAGUUAGAUAUUCCUUGCAUUGGCCAAAGUUACAUCAUAUUCCGAGCAAGACUAAAGACACCCUAUUUUUCACCAGGCCCUGAGUCACUGGAAUGUGCACUUUUUGCCUUGGAUGAUAUACCAUUUGAUUCCCUAGCAUUUUCAUCAAUCAUUGUGACCUUAAAGAUGUAUAUUGAAGACAAAAAUGCUGGAAACCUCAAAUUUCAUUAUUGCACCAUAAAUAAAAGACCAGGCGCUAGCCCAUCUGAUCCCCAUGGUUUUGAUUUGGAUUACCAUUUGCAUUGAUGAAGAUAGUGCAUUUGUUGUGUUCUGGAACAUACAGUCAUCAAGAUAAUGUUGAAAGAUUGGUGCUGGUAAUUUGCUCAGCAGAAGAUAUCAUUGUUGCUUCUCAGUCAAUUUGGAUUGUUGGGCUGAGGCUUCUGUCAUCCUGGCCAUCUGAAUUAUGCCAAAUUCUUCCAAUUAAAAUGAAAGCAUUUUUUUUGGCAUUAGAUCAGGUCUUAGUGUGAAAUGUUUUUCAUGUGCGUUGGAGGUUGGUACUUUCUCUUGUUCAAAACAUUUAAAUAAUAUGGCAUCAUUAUUUUUUGUUUAUAAAUCUUUAUCAUUAAAUAUGCAAAAGAUGUCAAAUUAAUUCGUUGUGGGAAUUA